CCUGCACCGUCUCGCCGCGGCGACACGAUGGGACAUUCUCCUCGUGGCGCGGGUCAGAACUAAAUGAGAGUUUCCACAAGCUGACAGCCUAGCCAGGCGAUAUGGCCCACCCUUCCGCAUCUCGGCAUUAUGGUGGCCUCGACCAAACAAAAGCUGGUGGCCGUUUGCAUGUUCAUCCAAGCCAUCUGACGAGCUCCCUGUCGCCUCGAAGUUCGGGUCGAGGAACGCGGUAGAGACGCCAUGGAAUGAAAGGAAACUUGCUCAGCUCCAUCGUAAUGGCAUACAAAAGAGCUCGGUGUUGUCCCCCCCACUGGUCCCGAAGACUCCUCCAAGUCUCUACCUCUCAAUUUCACUGUCGUUCUUCUCUCGUUGAGCUCCAGUUAUGUAUUCCUCUCGUUUUACCUCCCUGUCAGCAUUUGCUGCUCUCCUCUCGUUAGCUGUCACAGACCCAAACUCAGUAUGCUACUCAUUUGGUGUUGAUUUUGUCGAUGAUCAACAUUAUUUCAUCAACACCUUAUCGAGCGAGAGUUUUACCUGUGUCUCAACGUUCAAGGGCUGCAAUGUAGAUGUUGCAGAUGUUCUUCUCAUAGACCCUAAUGGCGAUGAACUUCUGUGCUCUCAGAUUCCGACAACCCCGGCUGAUACUCCUGAGCUUUCAACAUGUCCUAUUUUGAAGAGUCAGAUGGUCACUGGCGACUGGAUCAUCUUGAUUCUGGGAAACAACGAUGACGGCAACCCUUUCGCUUGGGAAAGAGAUCUCUCCCUAGACUGCGGACCACAGGCUACCACCACAUACACCCCGACAGUGACCUUCAACAUAACUACCACUCCUACUAUAACCUCAACAACUUCCUCCACCCUCUCAAUCACCUCCACUUUCGGCCCAACCACAACUUUCACCAUUCCGUCUAAAACUGCUAAGCGGACCAAGACAGUCACUCCCACUCCUGUUACUACUACAAUUGUCAAAACCUUCACCAGGCAGCGAACAACGUGGACAAAGGAACUCACAAUUAAGACCAAGACUGUUACGGCAACUUGCACUGAUCCGCCUAAGCCUACUCAUCCCGACAAGCCAUGUACUUACUCUCCGACCUUGAUCCAUCCGAAGGCACUAGCGACUCCGACCUCUAAAGCUCACCGAUAUGUGCGCAAGGGUGAUCGUGCCGUUGGUGUUGAGUACGCCCGAAGCCGAAUCGAAGCCGCUAAACUCAAGCGUGAUCUUAAAGCCAAGGCUGCUGAAGCUCAGCUCGAGGAGCGCGCUCCCGACGCACCUACCCUGACCAUCACAGCAGACACCCCAGUCAAUGCUACAGUCACGUACACAGAUCCUGCUAUCACUACCACCGAAUCAACCAUUGUUACGACCACUGCUUCGACAACUCUUCCUCCUGUCACAGUCUACUCUGGCGUCUUCACCUCGACCAUUACCCUACCUACACCUACCAAGACGCGGAUGUCUUUCACUUAUACGACUUCUUGGACCACUAAAACGAUCCAUGCUACCUGGACCCGUACUACCACUAUCACUCCGAGCGCAUCAAUUACGGCAUGCAGGAAGCAUGGUGGGCACUACGGUGGUAGAUUUUGAGCACUCUGAGACACCUAUUUCUUUAGGUCCAUAGGUCAUUCUAAGAUAGGCGCACAUAUAUCUCUUCUUUUAUAUCCCGAUAGCAAUUGAAUUGAACGAUCUCCAAAUUGAAC